AUGGCGGUGCGGAAGAAAGACGGCGGCCCGAAUGUAAAAUAUUUCGAAGCGUCUGAUACCGUCUCUCAGUUUGAUAAUGUGCGCGUCUGGCUGGGAAAGAAUUACAAAAAGUAUAUCCAGGCCGAGCCCCCCACCAAUAAAUCUCUGUCCAGUCUGGUGGUCCAGCUGCUCCAGUUCCAGGAGGAGGUGUUCGGUAGGCAUGUCAGCAACCCGCCACUCACCAAGCUGCCGAUGAAAUGUUUCCUGGACUUCAAGGCCGGAGGGGCUCUCUGCCACAUCCUGGCUGCUGCCUACAAGUUCAAGAGCGACCAAGGAUGGCGCAGGUUUGACUUCCAGAAUCCGUCGAGGAUGGACCGAAAUGUGGAGAUGUUCAUGACGAUUGAGAAGUCCUUAGUGCAGAACAACUGCCUGACCAGACCUGUCAUCUACCUGAGCCCUGACAUUGAGCCAAAACUGCUUGGGAAACUGAAAGAUAUCAUCAAAAGACAUCAGGGCUCCGUGACUGAGGACAAGGCCUCCAGCUCCCAUGUUGUCGUUCCUAUUCCCACCAGCUUGGAGGAAGAGGAGUGGGUGCGUCCCGUCAUGAAGAGAGAUAAGCAAGUGCUGCUCCACUGGGGAUAUUUUCCUGACAGUUAUGACACCUGGAUCCCAGCCAGUGAGAUAGAGGCUGCUGUGGAGGAUCCUCCCAGUCCAGAGAAGCCCAGAAAGGUCCAUGCCAAGUGGAUUUUAGACCUGGACCAGUAUAACGAGUGGAUGAAUGAGGAGGACUAUGAAGUGGGAGAAGGCUGCCCAAAGAGGAAGAGGAUCUCAGCCAAGACCCUGACAGACGAGGUAACCACACCUGAUGAACGGAGAGACAAGAAGCCGGGCAGUGCCAAGAAGAGGAAGCGCUCGCCCUCACCCUCGCCCACCCCUCCACCACAGGAGAGCAAGAAGAAGAACACCAAAAAAGGGCCGACGACUCCAUACACCAAAUCUAAACGAGGCCAGAGAGAAGAGGAACAGGAGGAUCUGAGUAAGGAUUUGGAUGAAGCUUCACCUGUUCCAGCAUCUGAAGAGGGAAACCCAGCUAAGACAAAUAACACUAAGAAGGACUCUGAUUCAACCCCAGUCAAGGGAGGAACAGAUAUGGAUGAACAAGAGGAUGAGUCCAUGGAAACAACAGGAAAGGAGGAGGAGGAGGGCUCCCCAAGUGUGAAGGGUGAACCAGUGAAAGGAUCGGACUUGCAUGAGGACAAUGUGACUGAGCAAACACACCACAUCAUUAUACCCAGCUACGCUGCCUGGUUUGACUACAACAGUGUUCAUGCUAUUGAGCGCAGAGCCCUGCCAGAGUUUUUCAAUGGGAAGAACAAAUCCAAAACCCCUGAGAUUUACCUGGCAUACAGGAACUUCAUGAUUGACACCUACCGACUGAACCCUCAGGAGUAUCUGACCUCCACCGCCUGCCGCAGGAACCUGGCAGGAGAUGUGUGUGCAAUCAUGAGAGUCCACGCCUUCCUGGAGCAGUGGGGACUUAUCAACUACCAGGUGGACUCUGAGAGCCGGCCCACUCCCAUGGGCCCCCCACCCACCUCUCACUUUCACGUCCUGGCAGACACUCCAUCCAGUCUAGUGCCCCUCCAGCCCAAGACUUCCCAGACUCCGGCUACGCAGCAGAUGAUGUCCUUCCCAGAAAAAGUGAAGGAUAAACCAGCAGAUCUGCAGAACUUUGGGCUGAGGACUGACAUGUACAGCAAGAAGACCGGCUCUGCAAAGACCAAGAGCGCAGCAAGCUCCAUGAGGGAGUGGACAGAACAGGAGACACUAUUACUACUCGAGGGCUUAGAGAUGUACAAGGAUGACUGGAACAAGGUGUCAGAACAUGUGGGCAGCCGUACACAGGAUGAGUGCAUCCUGCACUUCCUGCGGCUGCCCAUUGAAGACCCCUACUUAGAGGACAACUCCUCAACACUGGGACCACUGGCCUACCAGCCAGUACCUUUCAGCCAAGCAGGAAACCCUGUGAUGAGCACAGUGGCAUUUCUGGCCUCUGUAGUCGACCCACGUGUGGCGUCAGCUGCAGCCAAAUCUGCUCUGGAGGAGUUUUCACGUAUGAAGGAGGAGGUUCCUGCUGCUCUUGUUGAGGCUCAUGUGCGGCGGGUGGAGGAAGCAGCUAGGGUUAGCGGCCGACAGGAUCCUCUAUACGGCCUGGAGGGGAGUGGCAUCGCAGGCACUGGCCUGGAGGAGGGAGACAGACCCGACGAAAGCAGCGAUGAAAGUAAGAGUGACAGCCAAUCAGGUGAAGAGAAGAGGGAGGCCAAGGACAGCAAAGAUGGAGUGGCUGAGGAAGAGGAGAAGCAGGCAGAGAACGGAAAGAAAGAAGAAGAGAGAGGAAGAGAGCCUGAGGGAGAAAGGGAGGCAGACAAAACUGAGUCAGAAAUGGGUGACGGGGAGAAGGAGAAGGAUGGAAAAGAGGGAACAGAAGAAGGACAGAGAGAAGGAGAGAGUGAGAUAGAAAGGAAGGCUAAAGUGGAGCGUGAUGUUGGAGAGGGGAAUCUGGCCACCGCCGCGGCAUCUGCUUUAGCUGCUGCAGCCGUCAAAGCCAAGCACCUGGCUGCAGUGGAAGAGAGGAAGAUCAAAUCUCUGGUGGCUCUGCUGGUGGAGACCCAAAUGAAGAAGCUGGAGAUUAAACUGAGACACUUUGAAGAACUGGAAACCAUCAUGGACAGAGAGAGGGAGGCUUUGGAGUACCAGCGGCAGCAACUGCUGGCUGACCGUCAGUCGUUCCACAUGGAGCAGUUGAAAUACGCUGAGAUGAGAGCUCGCCAGCAGCACUUCCAGCAGAUUCAGCACCAGCAGCACAGCCAAGCCGGGGGCACUCACUCCACCCAGGCUGCAGCAGCCCCGCCAACCCAAGGCUCGACUGCAAAUCAGCCAGCUCCCAGCACACCAGCACCGCAGCCAGCCCCCAGCCCUGCACCUCCAGCCUCUUCUGCCCCGGCUCCUGAGUCCCAGCCACCUCCGAGUGCCCACACCUCGCCCCCCGGCCCCCCAGGUCAGGCCAUAGCUGCCCACUCCAGCUCCAGCACUACUCCUGUACUCCAUGAGCCCAACGCCCCUCUGCCUGGGGAAACACUCCACCCCUCAGCUCCAGUUCCACCACCGCAAUGAGAAUCUGAGUGACUCUGACCACUUUCAAUCCUGCCUGUAUCAUCUGAAAUGAAGAAGUCAAAAACCGAAGGAAGAGAACACAUUUUACAUUUUCAGCUUUUUUUUUUUUUUUCUCCAACUGGACAAUUCAUGUGAGAAAGAGAAAAAAAUUAACAAGCCAACUCAGAAGUCCCUUUCAAAUUGAAUCAAUGCCAAUGAAGAAUACUGAUUUUCAGACAGUUCAUCUGGCAUGGCCGACAGGACAGCAACAUCCCACUUCAUUAUUUCACACCAGAGAUCUGAUAAACUAAGAGGGUCUUAACAAUAUGCUGGCACUCAACGAGAAGAAGAAGAGAAAAGACUCAUCUUGUGUUUUCAGUGUUUUGGAAAUUGUUGCAUUUAUUUCCUGCAACGGUUUGUCACACUUUGUGAAGUCUCACGCUUCAUAAUCUCUCCAGCGUUCUCCCCCCUUGUACUGUAGGUACUAAUUGAAAUAUAUGUAAGGAAAAAAAAGCACUUUUAAUAUGUUUCCCUAGGUCUCAUUGAAAGACUUGAAGCAUCCAUGAAAUUGAACUUUAGCACUUAUAUUGUCCUUUUGUUGUCUUAAAUACUUUUUCAUAAUGAAGGUUUUAGAAACUCGAUUGGAAAUGUUACGUUUUUUCCUCUCUAUUUUUUAUUUGCGUUACAUGGACAACGGUCACUCUACAGGGUCUCUGACCUGAAGGUCACAUAUCUUAAAAAGAGAAAUAUCUGUGAUGAAUGACAAACAUUCAAAUCAGAAGCCCGUUUGAAAUUACUUAACUUUGGAUGCAGUUUGAGAAUAUGUACUGUAAAAUGGACUUUCUGUUACAAAACCUUGACAAACACGUCUUUUAUUAUCCUGUAAUGAUAAUAUGAGAACUGUCUGUCCUCCAGUAGCCCCCUGGAGAGUCAUUCAGGUGAGGUCAUUGUCACGGAAAGACCUCCUUUGAAAUAUCUUGAUAAUGAAAUCCCUUUUCAAGAGCACUUAAGAGAAGAAAAUGUCAGUGAGGGGCUAUGUGUAGGUUGUAGUUUUGUGAGGAAUGUAGUAUCGUUUAAAAAGGAAUGACUGAAGAAGUCUGGGAAUAAUGAAUUUAUUGCUGACCACAGAUGUGUUUAUUCAUAAUUUGUGUUAAUUGCUAAACCAAAAUGUUUUUUAUAAUCAUGUUGAUCUGACAUUUAUUCAGUGUUUUAUUGUGGUUGCCUGGGAAAUGAAGAGGAUUUUUAAGCAGCUUAUUUUUCCGCUGGUGCAUUUUUAAGUUACAAAUGGAAGAAAUGAUCAUGCUGUCAAAAAACAAGGGAGCUCACACCUUAAACAGCUGACAGUGGAGAAUUGUGUCCUUAAUAUCUGCAACAAUAUCCUCACUUUUUAUCCUAUCAAUUUUUAUAUUUUUUACUGUCCCUUUUUUCCAUCUCCUUUCUUUGAUAUGUCAACGUUGUAACUGUAUAUUAUUACCUUUGUAGCCUAUAUUUACCCUCUCCACUGUUUGUGUGCGAUUCUGACGGUUCCAUCGGAUCCGUCCAAGAUGUGACUGUGAGCAUGUGUGUAUGUGAAGGCAUGCCAUUAAGAUCUGUACAACCAUAUUACCAUUCAGUUUUAUUUCCAGUGCCAUUUGUUGUGCGUCACAAAAAUUCGAAGAAUGACUUUAAAAAACACGGCACAUCGCGUCAGUGUCAUGAAAUAUAAUCCAGUCAAAUGGUGAAUCUUUACAGUUACGUUUGUCAAGCCAGUAUUGCAAACCUCACCGCAGCUGUGAGCGUAAAAUGGACUUCUUUUAUCUGUGUUAUUACUACAUUGUGUGGAUUUUGUGAUAUGAAAUAAGUGUCUGUUCAGUUUCUGUAUGUUUUUCACUAUGCUGAAGGUAGCAGCAAUUGCAUUGAUUAUUAUACAGUAGAAAUCGAUUUUUCCUCCGUAAAUAAUCAACAUUAGUGCUGACAGUUAAUCUGAUAGUUUGUAUCAAAAAAAAAAGAAGAGGCAAAACAAAAGACGUUCAGGUUUUAAUUACAAAAUGUUGGGGAAAAAAUAAAGAUGU